AGGCCAGCGGCCGGUGGGGACAGGUUCACCUCUGCUCCUCACGCUACCUCUUCUGUGCUGAGGAGCUGCCCUGGGGAGCUUGAGGGAUUCUUUCUGGAGCCAUGAGAGGGGCCCACUGGAGAAGGGUCCCCUGCAUGUUCCUGAGCUGCUUAUGUUCCUGCCUCCUUUGGCUAGUGGUCCUGGGCACUUCGACAACGGACACAACAAUAUCUCUUCUAACUUCUAUAAACAACACAUCAAAAUCAAUAGUGGGAAGUACAUCUCCAGUCACUUUGGCAGUCACCACGACAAGGGGAGUGGUGGAACAAUCAACCUCACCCACUUCCACCACUUCUCGUGAGACAAAAUCAACGUCUCCUCAGACCUCCCAGACUCAGAGUCUGGAAACCACCGCAGAGAAUCAAGACAGCACCAUCACAGCCGUGAGCACAUCAACCCCCUCUUCAUCCACAGCGGGACCCAGAUCUACAGUGGGCAUUUCUCCAUGGACAAUUCCUGCACAGCACCUGGCCCUGCAGUCACCUGGAGCUCUACUGCCCUAUUUACAAGUCACCCCACUACUCUGUCUGUUGCCAGCACUUUUCCACCAUCUGCAGCAUCCUCAAGCUCCACCAUAAAUACCGAAGCAUCAGGAACAACCAUAACCUCACUGAGGACAGGCAGCAAGAGAAGCACGACAUCACUACCCUCAACAACCUCCCUGAGCCUAACAGCCUCCACUUCUAGGACUUCCACGGGCACCCACUCGACAGCUGCCCUGGGCCCUAUCAAGCCUGAGAAAGGAGUUUCCCUCUUCCCCUAUGGGCCGACUGCUGGAGACCGGGAGUUUGUCAGGAGGACUGUGGACUUCACCUCACCACUCUUCAAGCCCCAGAUCGGCUUCCCCAUCGGCUCCUCUCUCCGAGAUUCCCUCUACUUCACAGAUAAUGGCCAGAUCAUUUUCCCAGAGUACCAGAUUUUCUCUGACCCCAACCCUCCUCUUGGAGGCUUUACAGCCCAGGACCCUGUGGCCCUGGUGGCUCCAUUCUGGGAUGAUGCUGAUUUCUCCAGCCACCAGGGAACCAUAUUUUACCAGGAAUAUGAGACACUGUAUGAUGAAUACAACCCACUAGUGCAGGGGGUGGAGUCUCAGAUUAAAAUGUUGACAGACGCCUGGAUCUACAAAGCCAAGUGGACGCUAAAGGUCACGUGGGUCCGUGCCCCCGCCUAUCCUGCCUGGAGGACCUUCGGGACCAACACCUACCAGGCCAUCCUUUCCACAGACGGGAGCAGGUCCUACGCCCUGUUUCUCUACCAAAGCGGUGGGAUGCAGUGGGAUGUGACCCAGCGCCCAGGCAACCCCGUCCUCAUGGGCUUCACCAGUGGAGAUGGAUAUUUCGAAAACAGCCCACUGACAUUCCAACCACUAUGGGAGAGGUAUCGUCCAGACCAGUUCCUGGAUUCCAACUCAGGCCUCCGAGGGCUGCAGGUCUACAAGCUACACAGGAAAGAAAAGCCCAACCACCGUCUCAGGUGCCUGCAGUCAUUGAAGAGACAGCCUCAGGGGCCCAGCCUCUCCUGCCCUUGCUCCUGGCAGCAGGGACUGUGGGACUUAAGAUUCCAGCCCAUCAACAUAGGCUGGUGGUAUGCCGGCAGCAGCCAGCUGUGCAGCUUCUCCUCCUGGCGUGGGGGCGUCUGCUGCAGCUACGGGCGCUGGGGAGAGCUUCUCGAAGGCUGGAGUGUGCAGAGUCCUUGGCAGUUUGACCAAGAACUGGAGGCUCAGAACUGGUGCUGCCGCUUCAACGACAAGCCCUCCUUUUGCGCCCUGUACCAGCUAAGGCGGCCCCGCAUUGGCUGUUCUGGGUACCAGCCCCCGAGGCCCGCCUGGAUGUUCGGGGACCCCCACAUCACUACCUUGGAUGGUGCCAAUUACACCUUCAAUGGGCUGGGGGAUUUCCUGCUGGUCCAGGCCCAGGACAGAAACUCCUCCUUCAUGCUGCAGGGCCGCACUGCCCAGACGGGCUCAGCACAGGCCACCAACUUCAUUGCCUUUGCUGCUAAAUACAGCUCCAGCAGACUGGACCCCAUCACGGUUCAAUGGCUCCUUGAGCCCAAUGACACAAUCCAUGUUCGGCUCAACAACCAGAAUGUAACGACCACUCGAGAAGGAGCAGAAGGCCAGGUGAUAGUCAACACCACUGGAGUCAUAAUGACCCGCAAUGGCUCCAUGGUGUCAGCCAGCUUCGAUGGGACAGUGACCGUCUCAGUGAUUGCUCUCUCCAACAUCCUCCAUGCCUCCUGCAGCCUCCCAGAGGAGUACCAGAACCACACAGAGGGCCUCAUGGGGUUCUGGAACGGCAACCCACAUGACGACUUCAGGAUGCCCAAUGGCUCCACCAUUGCCUUGGGGAGCACUGAGGAGACACUUUUUCACUAUGGAAUGACCUGGGAAAUCAAUGGAACAAGCCUCCUUGGCAAGAGGAAUGAUCAUUUGCCUUCCAACUUCACCCCUGUGUUCCUUUCACAACUGCGGGAAAAUAAAUCCUUGAAUGGAAAUUUGACCUCCCAGUGUAAUGGAGAUGAACAAUGCAUCUAUGACGCCCUGGCCACACAAAAUGUGGAACUUGGACAACACACUGGGAUGCUCUUUAAAGUUUACCAGCAGAUGAACUCCACCCUGAAUCAGUACCCGCCCCCUAUCGAGGGUUUUCAGGAGCUGAAAGCCUUCACCGGACAGACCAUGCUGGUUAAUUACACCAGCAGUGCUGAGAACGUCACAUUCACGCUCAGAAACAACAGCGCUGACUUCAAGCUCUUUGAGAAUGGGACACUGCUAUGGACACCAAAGCUGCUGGAACCAUUUACUCUGGAGAUUCUAGCAAGAAGUGCCAAGGACGGCUUGUCAUCUGUGCUCAAGCCAAGGACUGUGGUCUGUGCUUGCAAGGCAAAGAGCCAGUGCUUAUACAACCAGACCAGCUGGGUGGGCAAUUCCUCCCUGGAGGUGGCCAACUGCAUGUGUGACGAAAACACCUUUGGCCAAUUCUGCGAACGCUCCAGUGACCCCUGCGAUGUGCAGUGCUUCCAAGGUGUGAAGUGCAUUCCUGGGAAGGGCUGUGAGGCCUGCCCUCCGCACCUGACUGGAGAUGGACGUCACUGUGCAACUCUGGAGAACUCUUUCCCCUGUCAGAACAAGUCCUGCCCUGCAAAUUACUGCUAUAACUACGGCCACUGCUACAUCUCCCAGACUGCGGACUGCCAGCCUGCCUGCAUCUGCCCCCAAGCCUUCACCGACACUCGCUGCUUCCUGGCCGGAAACAAUUUCACUCCAGCCGCCCGAGAGCUUCCCAUAAGAAUCAUCCAGCUGUUACUCGCUGAAGACGAAAAUGCCUCCUCUGCAGAUGUCAAUGCCUCGGUGGCCUACAGGCUGAGGAACCUGGAUGUAAGGACUUUCCUCAGGAACAGAGAAGUGAAUCAGAUAGAUUCUCCAGCAACACUGGCCUCAGGAAGCUCAGUUCACCACUGGAAGAUCAUCUCGGAGUUCCAGUACCGCCCUGGGGGCCCUGUCAUUGACUUCUUGAACACUCAGCUGCUGGACGCAGUGGUGGAGGCCUUCUUACCCCAGGCCCAGUGGAGGAGGAGGAAGAGAAGUGAGGGGCCCAGGAGCAAUGUGGUUUUCUGCCCUAUCUCCAGAGAAAACGUGCACAGUGUGAUGGCUUUGAAUGUGAGCACACUGGAAACUUACUUCCAAUGCAACAGCUACAAGGGCUACCACCUGGUCUUCAGCCCCCAGAGCGGCUUCACCUGCGUGUCCCCAUGCAGCGAGGGCUACUGUGAGCACGGAGGCCAGUGCCAGCACCUGCCUGAUGGACCCCACUGCAGCUGUGUGCCCUUCUCCAUCUACACGGCCUGGGGCAUGCGCUGUGAGCACCUGAGCGUGAAACUUGACGCCUUCCUCGGGAUCCUCUUCGGGUCCCUGGGCGCCCUCUUGCUGCUGGGGCUCGCGGUGUUUGUGGUCCUGCGCUUCUGCGGCUGCAGCGGGACCCGUUACUCCUACCCGCUGAACUGCGAAAGCUGAGGCCUCGCCCGAAAGGAGUAGCUCUGGCCUAGGAUACCUCAUGAACCACCCCAGCCUCACCUGCACACACUUCCAAGCGCCGUGGUCUGGGAGAGACUGGAAAAAGGAAGAUGAUUGAAGGCUUUCCCAAGAAAAAUGAGUAACGAGAAUGAAUGAUAAAGAUGAGAUCACAUCUUGUCAGCACAGUGGACACAGAGGCUUACAGGAAGAGUCCGUAAAGACCUAUUACAUAAAUGGACAGAGUCUCACACGGACACACCCACAACGAGGACACCGAUCUACGGAAUGACGUACAUGCACACACCAGAGUUAAUGGGGUGAUGGCUCUAAAUUAAAAACCAAAAUAAAUUUGCACACAAAACUCUAGUUUACUUCUGAUUAAAGUCUAUUUAAAUAAAAUCCCUCUGACUUUUUGUGUUUCCAAAGC